GAAUAAUCUACCUUCACGCUUGGGAUCGUCACGUUCACUAGAGAACACGUGUGUGGACCAAAUACAGGAAACACGUCAUGUAGAUGUAGUCAAGUGGUCAAAGCCAUAUGGUCAAAACAAGCAUAGACCGCAAGUGUGGGUAUUUGGACGCAGCCUUCUCUUUGGCUCUCUCUCGCGCAGGCGCACACACAUACACACAUUUGGAGUUUCGUGGAUUUCGCUUCACAUUUCUCCACAUCCCCGGCUCAUAUGCGGACAUACAAAAACUUGAAUGGAGCACGAGUAAACGAUUUGAAAGACGUACAUUACUUAGGGAACUGCCCAUCUUUUCAUCACCCCCUUAGAGGAUAAACGUCUGAAUUGAUCUGAUCGGAGUUAAUCAUGUGGAAUCCUGCAAGGUCCCGCCUUUUUGCACUUCACGUUCGGUCCUACGCAAACGUUCGUCGAACUGCAUCUCAAUCAUUACCCUCAGCAUCACGGCAUAUGAAAACGACGGCAGGUUUCAGCUCAGCCCUGCGUCAUUUAGGGCCUUUAUCAAGUUCAUUCCAGCACAGUCACAGGGCAGAUAAGAGAAAACAUCAAGGUGCAAGGUCUAUGAGCACUGAGAUGGGGAAAAUGCCGCUGCUGUCUGUUCAGCCAAGUCGAGGUCUGGUGGACGAGAUGUUUCAGAUUGUCAUAAUGAAUUUAUUGCCAAAUCAGAAGGUAACGCUGCAGUCUUUACAUCAGUCAGAGGAUAAGGAUUUCUGGGAGGCGUUUGGACACUACAUCAGUGAUGAACAUGGAACAGUGACAGUGUCCAAAGAUGAGAGUUUGGGAGGCACUUAUGAAGGGACAGAGCCGAUGGGGUUGCUGUGGAGCAUGAGGCCUGUACCAGGAAGUCGAAGUGGACUCAGGUUGCGCAAGAAGGAUGUGCUCUCACCAAUGGUGGUUCACAUUUCCUUAUACAGUGGUCAUAUAUCUGAAGGCUUCAGUAAGCAAACAGCUUUGGCAACCAGUGUCACAGAACGCUGGUUCAUAGCACCAGGUGUGCAGAGGGUGGAUGUUAGAGAAAAAGGUGUUCGAGGAACAUUAUUUUUUCCUCCAGGCCCAGGACCUUACCCAGGAGUGAUGGACUUGUGGGGAGGAGGUGGUGGUUUAGUCGAGUAUCGCUCAGCCCUGCUUGCAUCUCAUGGUUUUGCCUCAAUGGCACUAGAGUACAUGAAUCCUAAUGAGCAGAAAACAGCAGCAAUUGAUGCCUCUUACUUUGAAGAAGCAUAUACAAUCCUUCGGAAUCACCCAAAGGUACAAAAGGAUCGACUGGCUAUGCUUGGGUUAUCAUUUGGAGGCGUAGUUACACUCAACAUGGUGGCCUACUCCAAAAUCAUUAAGCCCCAGUGCUGUGUGUGCAUUAGUUCGAGUCAUGUCGUUCCUUUUGAGAAAUCUCUCUUUGAAAUAUUUGAGGAGAUGAAAAGAAAUGCGCAUAAGAUGUGUGUGAAUGGGGAUAACCAGUUCAUCAACAGAAAUUUUUUCCAGACGAUUCCCUCAGACCUGAAUCUCAAAGUGGAUGUUGGGAAAAUAAAGUGUCCGCUUCUGUUAGUGAACGGUGAUGAUGAUGAUAACUGUCCUUCUGUUGAAUCUGCUGAAGAUAUGAAAGAGAUUAUGAAGAAAGCAGGAAAUCAUCACUUGUUGAAAGUCCUGACAUAUCCUGGUGCCGGUCAUCUGAUUGAACCUCCUUAUACACCUCACAUCCGUGCAAGCAACUUCAUCUUUCAUGGCGGUGACAAAGUUGUGAUGGUGUGGGGUGGACAGACCAAACCGCACGCUUACGCACAAGAGCAUGCAUGGAAAAAGAUUUUGGCAUUUCUGCAGAAGCACCUCUAUUUAAGUUCAAAUGGUGCAGUUAAAGCCAGACUUUAGGGGGUGGUUGCCAGGACAGGGCUUAUGGAUGUUUCAGCUGCCUUAAUUUAAAAACAUGUUGCACUGACAUAUCUUAACAUUUGUUUUGUUUCAAGAUGCACACCAGUAAUAUUAUUGUAAGGUUUGUUUGUAAAACGUACUUAAAUGUCCUAAAAUAACUAAGGCCUAGUCCUGGUUUAAUCUAAACCCUGUCUGGGGAGCUCCCACCCACUAAAUGUUUCAUUAAAGGGAUAAAUAUCUCCAUAUGGACAGUAAUGUUAAUUAUGAUUUUGAGCACUGUGAUUUUAAUCAAAAUAUGUCUAAUAUUAACUCAUUAAUGCACAACGCAAAUUUACUUCAGUUACAGCUGCCAAUGCAUUUCAACUAUAAUUUUUGAUCUAACUGGAAUUGAUUGGAGCUGCAUCGUGUACACACACAUAUAUGCACACAAUGGCGUAUGUCAGUAGUAGAUCUCAAACAUUUAACAGAAGUUUAUCAAAGUUUUUUGCAUUAUUUGUAUAGCAAAAAGUCAGUGUUUACAAUGACCAUGUUACCUGUUUGAGAAAUGUACUGUGUCUGUAUUAUUGUUUUCUACUUUGCUACCUAUAAUUACAGUAUAUAAUAGUU